GUUCCGAGCGGGUCCCUGCGCCUGGCCGACGGCGAGGCUUCUCUGGCUCGGGGCUGGCUCCUGAGGGGCACGAACAGCCGGCCUGGCGGUUGGGGCCGAGGAGGGAAGGUACCACCUCCUCGAGGCAGCGCGCAGCCUGUAGCACAGGCGUCUGCUCCGAGCGGUCCCUGGAGGGCGCCGCCGCCACUUCGCUCCUCCGGGGCCGCUCGCUCCCAGGAAAGCGGAGGCAGCUGGCGAGGACGGAGAGCAGGGGCAGAGCUGCGGAGGGACCGCGCCUCCAGGAGUUCGAGGUGCACCCUGGCGCGGCGGGCCGGUCUUGGCUUCCCGGCCACUGGCCGGCCGCGCCCGCCUUUCCCCGGUCAGCGCUUGGGGCCCGCGCCGCACGCACCGCCCAGCAACCCCGCGCGCGUCCCGCGGGGGCGCUGCGUCUUCCUGCCACACCGGCGCACCGCGGCCCCUCUCCCCCACACCUCCGUCCCGCACCACCCGGCUCUCCUCCCAACCUCCCCACCCCUCCUCUGCCCUCCCUCCCCUCUCCUCCCCUCCCUGCGAGGGGCGGGAGGGGGCGUGGCGGGGCCGGGGUUUGUGUGGCUGGGACCCGGCUCCUCGCACUCCGAGUCCGCCCGAGGAGCCGGGCCCCGGCCGCUGUCCAGCCGCUCCGUGCCCUGCGCGUCCUGCGCCGCCGCCACCGCCUCUUGGGAAGACGCAGCCACUUGCCCGCCAUGGAUAUUCCCAGGGUCCUGCUCUCGGCCGUCUUCCUCAUCAGUUUUCUGUGGGAUUUGCCCGGUUUUCAGCAGGCUUCCAUCUCAUCCUCCUCGUCGUCCGCCGAGCUGGGCUCCAAGGGCAUGCGGAGCCGCAAGGAAGGGAAGAUGCCGCGGGCGCCGCGCGAGAGUGACGCGGGCCGGGAGGGCCAGGAGCCACAGCCGCGACCUCAGGACAAGCCCCAGGCUCAGCAGCCCUGGGCGCAGGAGCCUCCAGGCAGGGGUCCGCGCGUGGUGCCCCACGAGUACAUGCUGUCAAUCUACAGGACUUAUUCCAUCGCAGAGAAGCUGGGUAUCAAUGCCAGCUUUUUCCAGUCUUCCAAGUCGGCUAAUACGAUCACCAGCUUUGUAGACAGGGGACUAGACGAUCUCUCGCACACUCCUCUCCGGAGACAGAAGUAUUUGUUUGAUGUGUCCAUGCUCUCAGACAAAGAAGAGCUGGUGGGCGCGGAGCUGCGGCUCUUUCGCCAGGCGCCCUCAGCGCCCUGGGGGCCACCAGCCGGGCCGCUCCAUGUGCAGCUCUUCCCUUGCAUGUCGCCCCAGCUGCUGGACGCGCGGACCCUGGACCCGCAGGGGGCGCCGCCGACCGGCUGGGAAGUCUUCGACGUGUGGCAGGGCCUGCGCCACCAGCCCUGGGAGCAGCUGUGCUUGGAGCUAAGGGCCGCGUGGGGCGAGCCGGACGCCGGGGAGGCUGAGGCGCGCGCGCGGGGACCCCAGCAACCGCCACCUCCGGACCUGCGGAGUCUGGGCUUCGGCCGGAGGGUGCGGCCCCCUCAGGAGCGUGCCCUGCUCGUGGUGUUCACCAGAUCCGAGCGCAAGAACCUAUUCGCCGAGAUGCGCGAGCAGCUGAGCUCGGCGGAGGCUGCGGGCCCGGGCAGUGCCGCUGAGGGGUCGUGGCCGCCGCCGUCGGGCGCCCCGGACGCCAGGCCUUGGCUGCCCUCGCCCGGCCGCCGGCGGCGGCGCACUGCCUUCGCCAGCCGCCAUGGCAAGCGGCACGGCAAGAAGUCCAGGCUGCGCUGCAGCAAGAAGCCCCUGCACGUGAACUUCAAGGAGCUGGGCUGGGACGACUGGAUUAUCGCACCCCUGGAGUACGAGGCCUAUCACUGCGAGGGUGUAUGCGACUUCCCGCUGCGCUCGCACCUGGAGCCCACCAACCACGCCAUCAUCCAGACGUUGAUGAACUCCAUGGACCCCGGCUCCACCCCGCCCAGCUGCUGCGUGCCCACCAAAUUGACUCCCAUCAGCAUCCUGUACAUCGACGCGGGUAAUAACGUGGUCUACAAGCAGUACGAGGACAUGGUGGUAGAGUCGUGCGGCUGCAGGUAGCGGUGCCUUUCCCGCCACCUCGGCCCGGGACCAAGGCGGGCCAAGGUCCGUCUUGCAGGGGAGACCUGGCUGCAGAGAGGCGGAGGAGGAAGCUGGCACGGAGGGAGGCUGAGGGUGAGGGAACAGCCUGGACGUGAGAGCUGGUGGGAGAGGAGGGAGCGCAGCCUUCCCUGAACCUUUUACCUGCCAGCUCAGAGGGAGAUAUGGAUUUUCACACCUUGCCUGGCCACCCUGGAAAAACAAGCCAAGGAAGAUUUCUUUUGUUUUCUGUGUGUGUUUCUCUCUCUCUCUCUCUCUCUCUCUCUCUCUCUCUCUCUCUCUCUCUCUCUCUCUCUCUCUCUCUCUCUCUCUCUCUCUCUCUCUCUCUCUCUCUCUCUCUCUCUCUCUCUCUCUCGCUUUCGAUUUCCGGUUUUGAUAGAAGGGGAGGGGAGGCGAGAUGCAUACCCGUUUCUCAACUGCUCCAUGAAUUGAAAAAACAAUAGUUUUAAAAGGGAAACAAUGUGGGAGGAAGAAUCGCCGUUGACAGCAUCACGGUUUGGUUGAUUUUUACUUGUGUAAAGAAGGUGGGGUCUCUGGCCAUGUUAUAGCCAAUGUCUUGUGCCCUCCCCCACAGAAAGUGUUUGAUAGGGAAAUUGGCAAAAGGAAUAGUAAAGUCAGGAAUGGUCCUGCCUAUAGAAGAGCUUUGAGACAGGUGGGCUCAUGCAUGCCCCUCUCACCCAUUUGUGUACUCUGUGAAUUUACCAGCUCUGCCUUGGCCUCUUCCUGCACUGGGAACUGGCAACCUUCAUCUCACUCUGGAGGGCCCAGGUCGCUGCCUUCAUUGUUGCUUUUUCUGGUGGGGCAAGGGGAGCUGGUAUGGAUGGAAUGACAAGAAUUAGUCCAAAUGGAACCCCCUGAAGGAUAAUGAGAAAGCACAAGGCCUGCCUCUGACUGGGGCUAAUGCCUAGGUGCAUUAGCUCAGGCUGGAGGUAGCCCACCCAAAAGCCCUUUCUGAUUCUCAUUGAUACAGAAUUUGCCAAAAUUCAGACAUGCCCUUCUAAUGGAAAGGUGAUUUCCCAGUUCGAAUAAAUGGGUAGGAGUGGGGAACAAUACAAUUAAGGUAAGAGCUACAAAGGAGGGAAUAGGAACCAAGAAGUAGGAGUCCCAUCAGGAGGGAAGAUGGUGGGCCUCAGGGAGGAUGGUGAUCAAGGGACAGGCUAGGAGCCAGGAGUGGGGAAGGGAGGGAUGAAAGGGGACACAAGUCCCUGUCUCUGAAGUUUCUAAGUUCCCUCCCCUCUCUUUGACAUUCCUGAAAGAUUACCAGCCAGCAAUAGCCCAGGGCUCCCCCAAAAGAAUUGUUUCAGAUUGUAAUUAUCAGUUAGGCAAUGUUUUUAAAACUUAGUAAUGAGAAACUGUGAAAAGAGCCAAGUGUUACAUUGAGCUUGGGGUGGGAGAUGGGGAACAGGCAGUAAGGAAGGAGGCAGGGGUGGAAUUUGUUUUUUGGGAGGAAGCUGGAGCAAGCACAGUGUAACUGAAAUACCCAUUCCCAGAUAGUCAAAAACACGAACUUGCCCCCAGCCUGCCCGGCUAUUGUUUUCUAACAUUGCCCAUAAGUAGGCCCUUGGAAGAGUCGGCUUCCUCCUCAUCUUUGACUAUAAAAUUGUUUAAUCAAUGGAAUUUGUACCAACCUUUUAAAAAAAGUUUUACUUUCUCCUAAGUGAUUUUGCUCUUCCAAUCUAAACCUGUUGCUUGUUUGGUUCAGAGAACUACAAACUGUCAAAGAAAGGGUGGGGAUGAUAAGAAAUGCUAAUAUAAAAUGCUAAGUGAAAAAAGACUUGGCCAGGAGAAAUAAUUUAAAAUGCACAUUUGCUUUGGAUGCACUGUUGUUCUGUGUCGGCUGUAUAUAUUUGUUUAUUUAAGGUGACUGAAAGUGCAAAGAGGAAAAGGACAGCAUGCAAUUCAUCCUAAUGUACAAAACGUUAUAUGCACUCAAAUGUUAUAAUUUCUAAUAUUUUUAAAGUUUAUAUUCGAGUUGUACAAAGUUAAGCAUUAAUCAGAUAUUUCAUUUUUUCAUAAUGUUAUCAUUUUCUUAAAUAUUAUUACAAAAUUUUAAGUCUGUCUAAUGGAGAGUUUUUUUUUUUUAACUGUCUACCUCAUAUAAUACAAGUAUUUACAACACUAAAGUUACCAGAGGUCAAUUAAUAAUCAAAACAUUUUUUACAGGACACCUUUCCUGGAUGAUACGCAAUCAAAUGCUAUACUAUUAAACUCAUUUUUCUCCUUAA